UGCCUCGUUUGGUAAUUUGUUAACAAUUCGUUUUUUUAUUUAAUUCUAUUAAAUCAAUUAUAGUCAAUUAAUUAAUUUAUAUAUAUAUAAUGUCUCCUCCAGCAGUUCUUUCUAAAUCCGGUGUUAUUUACGGUGAUGAUGUUAGAGAUUUAUUUCUCUAUGCUCAAGAAAAGGGAUUUGCUAUUCCUGCCAUUAAUGUUACUUCUUCUUCAACUGUUGUUGCUGCUUUAGAAGCUGCAAGAGAUAAUAAAUCUCCAAUUAUUUUACAAACUUCUCAAGGUGGUGCUGCUUAUUUUGCUGGUAAAGGUGUUGCCAAUAAGAAUCAAGAAGCUUCAAUUGCUGGUUCUAUUGCUGCUGCUCAUUAUAUUAGAUCAAUUGCUCCAACUUAUGGUAUCCCAGUUGUUUUACAUACUGAUCAUUGUGCUAAAAAAUUAUUAGAAUGGUUUGAUGGUAUGUUAGCUGAAGAUGAAAAAUUCUUUAAAGAACAUGGUACUCCAUUAUUUUCAUCUCAUAUGUUAGAUUUAUCUGAAGAAUCUGAUGAUGAAAAUAUUGCUACUUGUGUUAAAUAUUUCACUAGAAUGGCUAAAUUAAACCAAUGGUUAGAAAUGGAAAUUGGUAUUACUGGUGGUGAAGAAGAUGGUGUUAAUAAUGAACAUGUUCAAAAGGAAUCCCUUUAUACUUUACCAGAAACUGUUUUUAAAGUUUACGAAGGUUUACACCCAAUUUCUCCAAACUUUUCCAUUGCUGCUGCUUUCGGUAAUGUUCAUGGUGUUUAUAAACCAGGUAAUGUUCAAUUAAAACCAGAAAUUUUAGGUGAUCAUCAAUCUUAUGCUAAGAAACAAAUUGGUUCUAAAUCUAACCACCCACUUUUCUUAGUUUUCCAUGGUGGAUCUGGUUCAACUCAAGAAGAAUUCGAUACUGCUAUUAAGAAUGGUGUUGUUAAGGUCAAUUUAGAUACUGAUUGUCAAUAUGCUUAUUUGACCGGUAUUAGAGAUUACGUCUUAAACAAGAAGGAUUACAUCUUAUCUCAAGUUGGUAACCCAGAUGGUGAUGAUAAACCAAACAAGAAAUACUUUGAUCCAAGAGUUUGGGUUAGAGAAGGUGAAAAGACUAUGAGUGCUAGAAUUACUGAAGCUUUAGCCAUCUUCCACACCAAAAAUCAAUUAUAAUUUCAGAUUAAUUUGUUUCCUAUGAAUUAGUUAUAUUUACAUACAUUCAUAUAUCUAUAACUUAAAUAUAAU